AUGUCUACCACUGUUGAAAAGAUCAAGGCCAUCGAAGAUGAGAUGGCCCGUACCCAAAAAAACAAAGCCACAUCUUUCCAUUUGGGACAGCUGAAGGCUAAGCUGGCCAAAUUGAGGCGAGAACUUGUCACAUCUGCUUCGCAGGGCUCUGGUGGUGGUGGUGUUGGUUUUGACGUCGCAAGAACCGGUGUAGCGUCUGUGGGAUUUGUAGGAUUCCCGUCAGUAGGAAAAUCAACAUUACUGUCUAAACUGACCGGUACAGAGUCUGAAGCAGCAGAUUAUGAGUUUACCACGCUGGUAACCGUGCCAGGUGUGAUUCGUUAUAAGGGUGCCAAGAUCCAAAUGCUGGAUUUGCCCGGUAUCAUUGACGGUGCCAAAGACGGUAGAGGCAGAGGUAAACAGGUGAUUGCGGUGGCGCGGACUUGUAAUCUUUUGUUCAUUGUUCUCGAUGUGAACAAACCUUUGCAGCACAAGCAAAUCAUAGAAAAAGAGCUCGAAGGUGUCGGGAUACGUUUGAACAAAGUACCGCCGGACAUUCUAAUAAAAAAGAAAGAGAAAGGUGGUAUUUCGAUCACAAACACCGUGCCUUUAACGCAUUUGAGCUCAGACGAAAUCAGGGCUGUGAUGAGUGAAUACAGAAUUAACAGCGCCGAACUCGCGUUCCGAUGUGACGCUACCGUUGACGAGCUCAUUGAUGUACUAGAAGCUCCUUCUAGAAGAUACAUGCCUGCCAUUUACGUUUUGAACAAAGUGGAUGCCCUUUCACUGGAGGAGCUUGAUCUCUUGUACCGCAUUCCCAACGCCGUUCCAAUUGCCUCCGGCAGAGAAUGGAACCUCGACGAAUUGCUGGACGUUAUGUGGGAUCGUUUAAAUCUAGUUCGUGUCUACACCAAACCAAAGGGUACUAUGCCCGAUUUUUCGGACCCUGUGGUGUUGAGAUCCGAUCGCUGCACAAUCAAAGACUUCUGUAAUCAAAUUCACAAAUCGUUGGUCGAUGAGUUUCGGAAUGCCAUGGUUUACGGCAGUAGCGUCAAGCACCAGCCCCAAUACGUGGGUCUGAGCCACGUUCUGGAGGACGAAGACGUGGUCACAAUUCUAAAGAAGUGA